AUGGACUUCACUCCCUCGAGUAGUUCCCCAGAUGAGUUCCGGAGGAUGAAGCUCAUAUAUUUCAGCAACGAAUUUCCUCCGGAUGAUCUUCCAAGUCUUUGCCGCCAGCUACGUGCUCAUAGUAAGGACAUAAAACACCACAUUUUGGCUCGAUUUCUACAUGAGGCGACUCUGGCGAUCCGCGAUGAAGUUCGUCAGUUGUCACCCGAACUGAGAGAUUUGAUUCCACCCUUUCAAACUGUCCUGGAUUUUUCCGAAUACCCAGACCUCCGCAAAGGGCCAUUGGGCGGCUCAAUAGACGGAGUUCUACUAUGUGCAGUCGAGCUGGCCACCUUCAUUGGCUAUUUCGAGAACUUCCCCGAGAGAUUUGAUUUUGAUGCAGCGCACACAUACCUCGCUGGAUUGGGGAUUGGGCUUCUCGCAACAGCAGCUGUCUCGUUAUCGCCAACGCUAGCCGAUGUUCCACAUGCCGGCACAGAAGUUGUUCGCACUGCGUUUCGUCUGGGUGUUUUGGUUGAUGACGUGUCGCAAAAUCUGCAACCCCGUGAAUUGACCAGCUCUGGUACACCUGACAGUUGGGCAUAUGUACUUCCAAAUGCUUCACCGGAUGAUGUCCAGCAGGAGCUUGAUGCGAUCCACACCAAGGAGAAAACACCAAAGACGAGCCAAAUAUUUAUCAGUGCCCUUAGCCAGAGUUCAGUGACUGUCAGUGGACCACCGUCAAGAUUGAAAGCGCUCUUCCGGAUGUCGGACUUUUUCCGGGACCGCAAAUUUGUCCAACUGCCCGUCUUUGGAGGACUAUGUCAUGCGAAGCACAUCUACAAUGAAACCCACGUACAGAAAGUGGUGCAUUCCACAUCAAUGCAGGCCUUGAGCAGCAAAAUGAUGCCUAGGAUUCCUAUCUUCUCGACAAGCAGCGGGGACACAUUCCCGGCGAAUACAGCCACAGAGUUGUUCGAGGGCAUCAUUUCCGAAAUCCUCACCAAAUCAAUUCAAUGGGAUAAUGUGAUCCGAGGUGUAGUGGAGCAAAUGAACCUACUAUCUGCACCUGAUUUCCAAGCACUAGUAUUUCGAAUGACCCUUCCGAUACACGACCUGAUGGCUGCUGUCAAUGGCGAACUUCGAGGGUUGCAAGCGACAACGGAGGACCUUGUCCCAUGGGUCUUAAACCAGGCCGGGGGCACGAUUCCACGAGGUACCUCUCAAUCCAAGAUUGCAAUUGUAGGCAUGUCUUGUCGGCUACCCGGGGGUGCCACCGAUACCGAAAAGUUCUGGGACAUUCUUGAGAGCGGCCUAGACGUUUAUCGAACCAUCCCACCAGAUCGGUUUGAUGUUGAGACCCAUUAUGAUCCGGCAGGGAAACGAGUCAACACAAGUUUCACUCCUUAUGGCUGCUUUAUCGAUGAUCCAGGUCUAUUUGAUGCACCAUUUUUCAACAUGUCCCCUCGUGAAGCACAACAGACCGAUCCAAUGCAAAGAUUAGCAUUGGUUACAGCAUACGAGGCCUUGGAACGAGCAGGGUAUGUUCCUAAUCGUACUCCAGCCACGAACAAGCACCGCAUUGGAACAUUCUAUGGCCAAGCCAGUGAUGACUACCGUGAGGUGAACACGGCCCAAGAUGUCGAUACAUACUUCAUUACCGGUGGAUGUCGCGCCUUUGGCCCGGGACGAAUCAACUACUUCUUCAAAUUCUGGGGACCAAGCUAUAGUAUUGAUACCGCAUGCUCCUCUAGUCUGGCCACUGUGGAGACUGCCUGUGCAUCACUUUGGAAUGGUUCUACCGAUACUGCUGUUGUUGGCGGAAUGAACGUCUUAACAAAUUCCGAUGCCUUUGCUGGUUUGAGCCGUGGUCACUUUCUGUCCAAGAUUCCUGGAUCUUGCAAGACUUGGGAUUGCGAUGCAGAUGGAUACUGCCGUGCAGACGGAGUGGUCUCUCUGGUCAUGAAACGGCUGGAGGAUGCGGAGGCUGAUAAUGACAACAUCCUCGGUGUUAUUCUGGGAGCAGCCACAAAUCAUUCCGCCGAAGCUGUCUCUAUUACUCAUCCUCACGCCGGUGCUCAGUCUCACCUAUUCCGCGAGGUCUUGCGUGGCGCGGGAGUUGAUCCAUUUGACGUGAGCUACGUGGAGCUGCAUGGCACAGGCACCCAGGCUGGCGACUUCGAGGAGAUCAAGUCAGUCACGGACGUGUUUGCUCCAGCCACAAAACGCCGCAGUUCAAAGCAGCCCUUACAUAUUGGUGCAGUUAAAGCAAACGUGGGUCAUGGAGAGGCUGUAGCUGGUGUAACAGCCUUGCUGAAGGUUCUUCUCAUGCUCCAAAAAGGUGCAAUUCCCCCUCACGUUGGCAUCAAGAACAGCAUCAACCCGCAGAUACCCAAGGACCUUGACAAGAGGAACUUGCACAUUCCAUACGAGAAGCAAUUAUGGAGCCGAGUACCAGAUAAGAAACGGAUUGCUGUUGUUAAUAACUUCAGUGCGGCAGGUGGAAAUACGUCUGUUCUCAUUGAAGAGGGCCCGGUUCGGGAGGUCAAUGGCAUCGAUCCACGAUCAUCGCACCUAGUGACGAUCUCAGCAAAAAGCAAAGUCUCGUUGAAAGGAAACCUUCAGCGGUUUAUCGGAUAUCUCGACGAAAACCUGGAUAUUUCACUAUCUGAUCUAUCUUAUACAACCUUAGCUCGGCGUCAUCAUCAUAACCAUCGUAUGGCCGCCUCGGUCACCAAUAUGGAGCAGUUGAAGAAACAGCUGAGUUCUUGGAUGGAAUCCGUUGAUUCGCAUAAACCCGUCUCGCCGACCGGACCACCGCCCGUGGCAUUCGCCUUUACCGGGCAAGGGGCCUCAUACAAAUCGAUGAAUCUUGAGCUCUUCCACGAUUCCCCGUGUUUCCGGUCACAAAUACUGCACUUAGAUUCCCUGGCCCGAGCGCAGGGAUUCCCAUCUUUUGUUCCAGCUGUGGAUGGGAGCUAUCCUAGUGACCAUUCCCAUUCACCGACUGUGACUCAGCUUGCUCUGGUGGGCACUCAAAUUGCACUUGCCAAGUAUUGGGCUUCAUUGGGGGUGAAGCCCGAAGUGGUGAUCGGCCAUAGUCUAGGAGAGUUUGCUGCAUUGCACGUCGCUGGCGUGCUCUCAGCUAGUGAUGCAAUAUUCUUGGUAGCUCAACGGGCGAGGUUGCUGGAGCAGAAAUGUAAGAUUGGUAGCCACAUGAUGCUGGCAGUUCGCGCUUCAGUCGAACAAAUCGAAAAGAGUGCCGGCGACAAGUCAUACGAAGUGGCCUGUAUUAAUGGACCGAAAGAAACCGUUCUGAGUGGGACUCGGGAGCAAAUCCACGCGAUGAUGGAGCACUUGGAAGCCAGUGGCUAUAAGUGUUCUGCUCUGGAUGUUGCGUUCGCAUUUCAUUCUGCUCAGACGGAUCCAGUUCUGGAAAGCUACGAGGAGAUAGCGCAGAAAGGGGUGGUAUUCCAUCCUCCCAAUUUGCCUAUCAUAUCGCCCUUGCUUGGUAAAGUUAUUUUUGACGACAAGACGGUAAAUGCCACCUACAUGCGUCGUGCCACACGUGAGACUGUGAAUUUCCAUGCUGCUCUGAACACGGCGCAGAGAAUUUCCACUGUCGAUGAAACAACAGUCUGGGUGGAAAUUGGGCCGCAUCCCGUCUGCAUGGGAUUUGUCAAAUCCAGUCUCCCAUCAACAGCCUUGACAACCCCUUCGUUGCGUCGAGGUGAGAAUAAUUGGAUGACAAUGACCCGUAGUCUCGGGGCUCUUCAUUGCGCGGGGAUUGAUAUCGACUGGAAUGAAUUCCAUCGCCCGUUUGAAAAAGCACUGAGACUUCUGGAUCUGCCGACGUACAGCUGGAAUGAAAAGAAUUACUGGAUCCAAUAUAAUGGAGACUGGGCUCUUACAAAGGGCAAUACAUUCUACGAUGCCGAGAAGAAAACCCUUGCUCAAGCCGAUGGUGUACCAACUGGUCCAAGAACUUCAACAGUUCAAAGGGUCAUUGAGGAGUUUUUUAAUGGAUCUCAAGCAAAGGUUGUCAUGCAAUCCGACCUCAUGCAACCAACCUUGCUCGCAGCGGCUUGGGGGCAUAAAAUGAAUGAUUGUGGCGUGGUCACGUCGUCUAUACAUGCCGACAUUGGAUUUACUCUUGGAGAAUAUGUCUACAAAAAGUUGAAGCCAAAUGGAAAGGUUCCAGCCAUGAAUAUGGCGAACCUGGAAGUUUUGAAGGGACUGGUUGUGAACAAAAAUACCAAUCAGGCCCAGCUGUUCCAAGUCGCUGCCACCACGGCCAAUAUCGAUUCGGGGGUUGUUGAACUCGAAUGGCGCAAUGUACAGUCUGAUGGAAAGGCGGACGAACCAUUUGCCAGCGCCAGAAUCUAUUACGAUGAUGCUUCCGAAUGGCUUGCAUCGUGGCGACCGACUCUACAUCUAGUUGAGGGCCGUAUUCAGGCCCUUGAAAGACUGGCGGAAGACGGUAUUGCUAAUCGACUUUCCCACCGCAUGGCCUACAAUCUCUUCGCGGCAAGUCUAGUUGAUUAUGCGGACAAAUACAGGGGGAUGCAGUCUGUUGUCAUGCAUGAACUGGAGGCCUUUGCCGAUGUUCAACUGACAACCGAGAAAGGAGGAACCUGGACAAUCCCGCCGCACUUUAUCGACAGCGUCGCUCAUCUGGCCGGGUUUGUCAUGAAUGUAUCCGAUGCCAUCGACAAUAAAGCCAACUUCUGCGUUACGCCUGGUUGGAACUCGAUGCGAUUUGCAGGCCCCUUGGUGGCAGGCGAAAAGUACCGUUCCUAUGUCAAGAUGAUCCCCACAAUUGAAGACAAUAGUGUGUAUCUCGGAGAUGUGUAUAUCCUCCAGGAUGGUAUGAUCAAGGGUAUGGUUGGUGGGAUCAAGUUCAGGCGAUACCCGCGACUUCUAUUGAACCGCUUUUUUUCCGCCGGAGAUGGGAGCAAUGAGAAAAAGGGUCAUACUUCGGGAUCCGCACCGCCACCCACAAUUACCGCACCAACGGUGGCCCCAGUGGCGAUCUCCGCAGUUGCUGUCCCUGUGCCCACUCUUCCAGCCACCGCAACUACCCUGGAACAAACCCAAGUGGAGGGGAAGACGGCUACGCUAGAAACGGAUAGUACGGCAGCCAAAGCACUUGUGCUAGUGGCAAGCGAGGCCGGGAUGGACGUGGCGGAGCUCCAUAACGAAGCCAGCUUUGCCAAUUUGGGAGUUGACAGCCUGAUGAGUCUGGUUAUUGCCGAAAAGUUUCGCGAAGAGCUUGGAGUAACCGUGACGGGGAGUCUGUUCUUGGAGUAUCCUACAGUGGGGGAUCUGCGGAACUGGCUUUUGGAGUACUAUAGCUAG